CCCUCCCCCCUCUCUCUCUCAAAAUGACAGCGUCAGCGGUGCCUCUCCCUCUCCGCCGCAACGGCGCCGCUCCCCUUCUCCCUCCCCCACCGGUGGCGCUGCUCCCCCUCCCAGCACCGGUGGCGCCGCUCCAUCUCCCCCCUCCCUCCCGUUUCGUUCACACGGCGCUGCAUCGGCGAGUGCUCGACGGGGGAAACAGGAAAGUACAUCCGUCCCCCAUGGCCGCCGCCACCAGUGACCACCUCUCCGGCCUCCCCGACGACGUCCUCCGGCACAUCAUCUCCUUGCUCUCCGCCAAGGAAGGCGGCGCCACCGCCGUGCUCUCGCGGCGGUGGCGCCCGCUGUGGCGCCAGGCUGGCACCGUCAACCUGGACACGGAGCCCUACUUGGACCCGGCGGCGUACAGAGGCAACAACUUCCCGGAGCACAGGCGGAGCGCGUUCGUCGACCACGCCCUGGCCGCCCUCGCCGCGUGCGAGAGCCCGAGGAUCCUGAGCCUUCGCCUCGCGUCGGAGGAGAUCGAGGGAGGCGCGGCCGAGGAGAAGUGUGCCGGUGUGGUCGACGCCGUCCAAGACGCCCCGGCGGCGGCGCGCGUCGAGGAGCUCCGCGUCCGCUGCGACGUCUCGUGGUUCUGCAGGUACGGCAGCUGCGAGAGCGGGAGCUCCGGCGGAACGUGGCGGCUGCAGCUCGGAUCCCUGCCCUGCGCCGCCGCCACGCUCCGCGUGCUGCACGCCAACGACGUCGGCGUCGAACGCCUUGGCGACGGUGGCGGCGUCGGCGUCGUUCUCCCGCUCCUGGAGGAGAUGCGGCUGGUAGAAGCCACCGUGUCACCGGACACGCUCCAGCGCGUGAUCGACGCCGCGCCGAGGCUCGCCAACCUGUGGCUCGACGGAAUCAUCCUCACGAGCAACGACGGCAGCCGGAGACUCUACCUCGCCGACGGCUUCCGCCUCCAGCUCCGAGGCCCGGCGCUCACCGAGCUAGCCCUCAUCGAGUACUACAGUAGAGACGCGGCAUCGAGCUCGACGCGCCCCGCCUGCGCUCCUUCGUAUGUCAAAGCUCCUUCCCGGGGCACUACUCACUGACAUCGCCGGCGCCGGACUUCGCAUCCGCCGACCUUCACUUCCACGACCACCGGAGCUAUGGCGACAAAGAUCCCAACAACUUGACCGUACCCUUAUGGAGCUGCCUCCGGCACCUGCACGGCGUGAGGGUCUUGAAGCUGCAGCUAGACUUCUAUGCAGAGUACAUCACCAUGGAAGCCGACGCUUGCGACGGCGGCGGCGUCGUCCCCGCCACGUUCCCUAACCUUGAGUAUCUCGAGCUUGACGCCCAUUGCAAGGAUGAUCACGACAUGGCCACAGAAUUGACAGUAGCAAGCGUUCUCCGAUGGUGCCCUGCCAUCCGUGACCUACGGCUCAGGUUGUCAGUAGCCGAUGCUGAAGGCCGCGUCAAUGUCUACAACAGCAAACGGCACAUGAUCCAUCAGGCGAGAUUGAUGAGGAACAGCUUUGAACAGGAUGUGCAAACCAAAAUUGAUGUUGAUGUGACCAACAUUACAACAUCGUGAUCGCCGUAGGAAACUAGAACACCAGACAGAUUACGUCUGUGCUAGUAGGUUCAGUUCCAUAAUCAUCUAAUAAUCGGAGUUGAUAAUUACUUUAUUAGUGUAUUUUUUUUGUUUUUGUAUUUUUGGUGCAGCCAUUGAGAUUACAUUAGACCAUGGUUAGGAUCAGCCAGCAGUUCAUUUGUUA